AUCUACCACGGAAACCGGGUGUGAGAGAGGUGUCAAUCCAUGAUAUCCUCUUGUCGAAAACUUCACCACCUCCCAUGCACCCUUUUUUUGUAUUUUCUGCAUCGCCAAGUUGUGUUGUUUGUUCUUCUUGUGCUUGCAAUCCGGCGCUGCGCUGCCUCCGUUCAAAUUCAGUUUCUCUCCUAUUUUUUCUAUUGAAUCGAUCCUUAAUCUGAAGAGACAUGAGAGGGCGAAGCCCGUAUUACAGUGAUCGGAGGGGCUACAGUAGUCCUCCGCGAAGCGGUUAUGGCGGGAGAAGGCGCAGUCUCAGUCCGCUUCCUGGACGUGGUCGAGGAGACUACGUUAGGGAACCAGAGCCUCCCACAAGUCUUCUCGUUCGGAAUAUCCCGCGCGAUUUCACUGCCGAUGACCUCCGGAUCCCCUUCGAGCGGUAUGGAGCUAUAAAGGACGUUUAUCUGCCCAGGGACUACUACACUGGACAACCGCGAGGGUUUGGGUUUGUCCAGUUUUUGGAUCCACAAGAUGCUGCAGAAGCGCAGUACUAUUUGGAUCACGAAUUUAUAGCUGGACGUGAAAUUACUAUUGUGUUCGCGGAAGAGAACCGAAAAAGACCACAAGAAAUGCGUUUAAAGGAACGUGUAAGGGGCCGGCCUGGAUUUGGAGGACGUCGAGGUUCACGUUCACGGUCCCCAAGGCGAUUUACUCCUCCUCAUGGUGGUCGCAGGUCAAGAUCACCUUCUCGCCGCAGGUUACGUACUCCGUCUCCAGAGUAUCGUGCCAAAUCUCCCUCCAGGUCUCGUUCUCCUGUAAAAUCUCAUACGAGGACUCGAGAUCGAUAUCCUCGUUCAUCUCAAAGAUCUCCGUCUCCGCCAUCUCGGUCAAGAGAUUCGCAAUCCCGUGCGAAUGGUAGAGAUCAGUACGAUUCUCGAGCACCUAGCUCAGGGCGCGACGAUUCCCAUCAUCCGAGUCAACGCUCACCUAUGGAUAGGAGGACCUAGGAUACGGACUUUUAGCACUCCCCAUUAUAGUCCAGGCAAGGAUGAGAUUUGAGGAUGCUCAAAUCUCAGGAGGUGGACAAACAAACAUUGUGUUUAUAUGGAGUCCUACAGUUAGUCCUGCAGCUAUCUCAACAGGGCAUUCGCAGCAGUCAAAUAAUGCUCGCUGAAAUUCCGUUCUUCUGAGGUGUAGCCGUCGGUGUAAUCGCCGAAGGUCAGCAUUAAUGCUUUUGUCGAUGUUGCUUUCUGGCAGUAGUGUUUAUGCGCCAGAUAAUAUUGCCAUUUUCCUAGCGUUGUGCAAUCAGGACAGGAAGCUUGAAGUAACUAUGGCAGUGUUCCAGAGUUAAUGCUAUUGGUGGUGAUAGUCUUGUUGUGUGGGGGCUCCUAAGAAUUUUUAGUUUCCAAAUGUCAAUUUUGGUUUAUAAGACUAGACCUGGAUGCUCCAUAUCUUAUAUAUGUGCUGUUCGUUAUAUCUCCACUGUACACAUCUCAGACACUUCGUUCGUAGCAGUAUGUGGUGUAGGAAGUUCUGCAUGCUGGUUGUCUAGUGUGCAGUUCUGUUCCGUUUCAUCCUUUUAGAUUGGUUCUUUUUGGGGUCUCACAGUUGUACCCACAUAAUCCGCAUCACAUCCUUCUGUGCAGAGCAGCUUAUAGGAUGGUUGUGAUGUCAUAGAAUGGUUUGUCUGAGCUGCCCUUCGCUCAAACUGAAGUAAAAAUAUAGGAUUGUUGCGU